AGAUGAAGUCAUUAUUUCCAGUUCCACGAAUAAUUUGUCUUAGCAUUACUGAAAACAAAAAUAACUAAGUUGAUUACUCAUCUGUGAACUUUUAUAAUAUCAAGUUUACCUUCCUUUUCUUAGAUUUGGAUUUUCAAAUCGACGAGAAAUAAAAGGGAACAUUCAAUAAAUGAUGAAACUUUUGUUUAUGUGAAGAAAAGUGUUAAUUACUUUUUUAGUUUACUUCAUAAGCUAGUAUGAUUUUCCGGUGCGGUUUAUUAAUGUGUUUUCUAAGUUUUGCCACAACAUCUGAAGAUUUCUAUAGAGAUAGUUGGUAUGGCCGAAGCGGUUCAGAGUUAGAUAGUAUUUAUUCUUUAUGGCCAUCAGUGCAUAAUGCGGCGAGGUUAAUAAAGCUUCGGAAGAGGGAGACGCAGGAGCAAAUAGGUGCAAACGAAGGUGGAGGGAAUGAUAUUAAGAUACCAAAUCCAGAGACUAAACAAGUGCCAGUCGACCUUGGCAACAAACAAAUUAGUGUUAGUCACGAUAUUCCAAAUAACACUGUAAAUCAAGAUUCCCCGAAAGUGAAUACCACACCAAAUGAUUCACAAAAAAAUGACACAAAACCACCACCUCUGUUACCAAAGGCAAUAAAUACCACAGAAGCAAAACAUAAUGAAACAGCAUCAAGUCAGCUGGAUAUUAACAAUCCCGGAGUUUUAAAGAGGGGUCUUAUUGUCUUUGGUGGAUUCGCGUUUUUGGCUGGUGCAUACUUCAUAUGGCACAGAAGUGGCAAGAAAAAUGAUGUCACCAACUCUCAUGGCACAAGUGAAACGAACCAAUUCAGAUAUGGUGUUCUUCAAUCAGAUGACAGAAGGGACAAUAUGGAACUUUCCAGAAUACCAUUAACAAUGGAAUCAGACGAUGAUGAUGAUGAGGACUUGGAGAUUUUCGACUUGAAGCAGAAACAGAAAUCAUUGUCUUAUGUUAAUCUGCAAACACAUGAAGAUGAUAUAGUUGCAAAUACUAUUGAUUUUGAUAAAGAUAAUAAUCUCUUGUUAGAUAUCGAAGAUAAUGCAUCAGAUACACUUAUUAACUGGACAAAUAAUGCCAAUAAAUCUGUUAAAUAGUUUUAUAAUACUUAAAUAUGAAGAGUUCUGAUGUCUUUAAUAGUCACCUUAUAUGAUUCUCAACCGUCACCCCUCACAGUCCCCACGUGGGGACAGCUGAGAAUAAAAUGUUUCAUCCGUUCCAUCUUUUAGUCCCAUUUUAACCAAUAAGGUGACAGGUGGAACCGUAAAUAAAUAAGUUCCAACCGUCCCCUAAUCACAAAAGGUGGGACGAAUGCAACUUUUUAUUCUCAUCUGUCCCAACGUGGGGACACAGCGGGGUGAUGGGGACACCUCAUCACAAUGGAAUGUAACUAAGGAUAUUAGAAUAGUACAGUUAUUUACAAUUACAAAGUCAAUAUGUGAAAUAAAAUAGUUUGAAAUAUAAUUUAUAGAAAAUUCUAGAACUCUCCCCUUUCCUAAAGUUUGGGAAGGGGUUUAAAAUUUGGUUGGUCUCUAUUCUGCUUUAUUGAAGGAAAAAAAUUUAUGAAUAUAUAAAUUUGGGUGUUCUGAAGUCAGUAUUCUUCAUAUAAAAACUAGUAUAUUAGACUUAUAAGUAUGUGUACAAAAAAACACUAUAUAGUCUAUUUAUAUAGUUCAUAACAUGAAUGUUUUCACUAUGACUUUACAUUGAAAAUGCAAGCAAUAGUAUGAUAAGGUAUAUUGGGACAUAUUUUGUGGAAUAUUUUUUGAGUAAAUGACAUGUAGAAAUUGCACAGAUAAUGCAAACAAUCAGACAUUUAGUACAAUAGUGUUCUAUAACAAAAAAAAGGAAAGCUUCCAUCCAGUAAUAAAAAAA